AUGCUUAUGCAAUCCGCGCUCCUGGCGCUCGGCGCCACCGCCGUCGCCGCCCUCCAGCCCCUCGAGGUAAAGGGCCAGGACUUCGUCAACCCCAAAACCGGCAACCGCUUCCAAAUCGUCGGCAUGGCCUACCAGCCCGGCGGCUCGGCGGGAUAUGACCCCAAGAAGAAGCGCGACCCCCUCUCGGACCCGGACGUCUGCAUGCGCGACGCCGCCCUCCUCCAGAUCCUCGGCGUCAACGCCAUCCGGGUCUACAACCUCAACCCCGACCUCAACCACGACGAGUGCGUCUCCAUCUUCAACGCCGCGGGGAUGUACAUGCUCCUCGACGUCAACUCCCCCAUGCCGGGCGAGGCCCUGACCUCGUUCGAGGUCUACAAGUCGUACUACGCCUCGUACCUCAACCGCACCUUCGCCGUCGUCGAGGCCUUCAAGGACUACCCCAACACCUUGGCUUUCUUCUCCGGAAACGAGGUCAUUGACAAGGAGGAGACGACCGAGUUUGUUCCUUCCUACGUCCGCGCGGUCACUCGCGACUUGAAGAAUUACAUCAAGAACUGGUCUGACCGCAAGAUCCCCGUGGGUUACUCUGCCGCUGAUGUGCGCGAGGUUCUGUGGGAUUCGUUCAGCUACUUUACCUGCUCGCUUCAGGGCGACAAGGACGACAUGUCGAUGGGCGACCUCUUUGCGCUCAACUCGUACUCUUGGUGCGGCGACUCGUCCUUUACGGAGUCGUCGUUUGACAAGCUGGUGGAGGGCUUUGAAAACACCCCCGUGCCCGUCUUCUUUUCCGAGUUUGGGUGCAACACCCCCUCCCCUCGCAUCUUCACCGAGAUCGGCAGCAUUUACGGCCCGGACAUGUACGACGUUUUUGCCGGCGGUAUCGUGUACGAGUACACCCAGGAGCCUAACAACUACGGCCUUGUCAACAUGACCGAGGAGGGCCCGGCUACCCUGAUGAGCGAUUUUUACUCUCUCCGGGAUCAGUAUGCGAAGCUUGACUUUAAGAAGCUGCAGAGCUUGAAGCCAAAGAGCAGCACGCCUAAGCCGGUGAGCUGCAGUCCCAAACUGAUCACGGUUGAUGGGUUCCAGAACAACUUUACGCUGCCGGUGCUGCCUCCGGGGGCGAAGGAGAUGAUUGACAAUGGGAUUGAGAACAAGCCGAAGGCGGGGAAGCUGGUGGAGAUCAAGGACUGGAAGGUCAAGUAUGAGGUUCGGAACGCGGACGGGACGGUGAUUAAGGAUUUGGCUGUUAAGCCUUUGGCGGAUGAUGAGGUUAAUGCCCCCGGUUCCAACACUGCUAACCUCAGCGCUGGGUCUGGGUCUUCUGGAUCUUCCGGCUCGCAGGGCAGCACCAACGGUGGUGAUGGUGAUGACAAGGAGAACAGCGCUGCUGGCCAUGGGGUCGGUGGUGGUGUCUUGGCUCUCGUGAUGGGUGUUGCUGCUUUGGUUGCUGCUUUCUAA